AUCUCAACACUCGACCAACGCGUCGAAAUCCUCGCCGUCGAAUUCGAACGGCAUGUUUACGGCCGCAAGAAUUAUCACUCCUAAAAUACCAUUUGCUCUACGAAAAUACACGAAACAAACCCCAGCCAUAAUAGAUGGUCCUGGAGGAGCACUGACGCAGGGUCCGCAAACAGACAAGGAACCCUCCCAAGGAGAGGACAAAAUCCCAUUAUUUCCCCCUCCGAAACGUAUUCCAAAACGCCUGCUUCGCCGGGUAACUUUCAUCCACGGAAACAUCCUUCAACAUCUAGAGGUACUAGAAGAGCUUCGCAAAGUCGAAAAGCUCCUACCAUUCUGCCUACACCCGAACAGCAAGAACAUCGGCCAUGUUUCCGGCACCGAACCACCCGUGCUAAAGGUCGAGAGUAAAGCCUUCCCAACUCUCGACGAGGUUCAAUACAUCAUCGACACUGAUGGCAUGAGGUUCAUACGGCACGCCAAAGCCCAAACUUCCAACCUUCAAGGGCUCAUGGAGAGCCUAGAACGUGAUCCCGAAUGCAUGCGCCUACCCAUUGUAAUCGACUGGACGACAAAGCAAAUCCUUCUGGAUAGGUUAUCUCGUAUGUACCCCAAGACCGUGUACCGGGAGAAGAAGAUAAAGGAGAGGCAGGUGCUCAAGUGGUUGGUAGAGGGACUUUUUCCAAAGGCGAAGCAGAGGCUCUGGUCUGCGGAUACAUCGAACGCUGCCCAGGUUCAAAAGUGGUUUGACACGAUCAGGGCUGAAAUCAAACUCCGAAAGUCGCUGUUCAUCCAGACUUACGGAGACCCAUUUGAUCGCUGAACAAUAGGUUGUCAGUAGCGCCCCAGUCUCCUAGUUGGUUUUUAAAGAUCCAUCAAAUGCUCCUUUACUCAUGAAUAGCAUUAGAACACCACAGUCUACCACAAUGCUCGAAGGGGAUCAGAUCCUCGCAGUCGUAGUGAACAUUCUUUACUCUCAUUUAGAAUGGCACCGAUCUUGGCAAAACAGUGAUAACCCGGAGGCUUCAUUACUGCGCCAAGUCGCCCGACACUUGCCAUGACGCUCUUUUAUUGGCAUUGCGGGUUAGCAGGAAACUAUUGGUUAUCAGGUCUGGCAUAUACUACCUGUCUGUAGUACACAUGGCAGAAUAACAUCUUCUGGGGUUGAGCUGAUGCAAAGACGACUUAUACUGCUACGUAGGGCUUCAGCGCAGUGGAUUGCAGAGGUACGUAAAAGCGGCAAGUUUCAGCCAAAGCUUGCGAACAGCAAGAGACUAUAUCAAAACAUAC